AUCUUUUUUGCUCCAUCGUUGAAAAUUCUCUUCAUUCUUCCAUUUAUCUGUUCAUUUUAUUGCCUUUUGAUUUCGCUAUUUGCUCUAAAAUGUCGAGUUUCAACUGUUGUUUUUUGUAUGGUUUGUUUUGGAAUUUCUGUUGUUUGUUUCCCUUUAGUAUUGCGAUUCAGUACAAGAGUUUAGAUCGUUCAACAGCGGCGGAAACUUCCGGCCGGAAUCGGCGGUGGCUUUAUCUUUCAUUGUUCUUAGCAACAUCCUGCAUGAUCUUGGAGAGGAACUUCGAUUUUUUUGACUUUUAUUUUCUUGUGUUGCAGAAAUUGAUUAUUUAAUUUCUCCCUUGUUUAUCGUAGAGCGAAGGGUUUUUUUCUUCUUCAAAAGAAUGAGCAUCUAAAUCCUUCGCCUAAAAUAAGAACAGAAAAAAAAAAACCCCAAAAGAUUCGAAGUUCAGAGCGAUGGAGGAGAGAGAAGCCAUAAAUACAGGAGUAACAGUGAUAGGAGCCGAAGCUCCGUCGGCUUACCACGUAGCUCCGAGAACCGAGAACCCGCCGCCGGCUAGCGGCGGCGGUGGCGGUUCGCCAACCGUCGCCGCCUCGCCGGUCAGUGUGGGGCUACCCGGAAGUGAAACCACAGGGAAAAAGAAGCGGGGGAGACCUAGAAAGUACGGUCCAGAUGGAUCGGUAACCAUGGCAUUGUCACCAUUGCCGCUUUCUUCCUCAGCUCCGGGGGCCGGCGGCUUCUCCAUCACGAAGCGGGGGAAGGGCCGGCUCGGCGGCUCUGAAUUCAAGCACCACAAGAAAAUGGGAAUGGAAUAUAUAGGAGAAUGGAAUGCGUGUUCUGUCGGUACAAAUUUCAUGCCUCAUAUCAUCACGGUCAAUGCUGGCGAGGAUGUCACUAUGAAGAUCAUAUCAUUUUCCCAACAAGGUCCUCGAGCGAUCUGUAUUCUUUCUGCGAAUGGUGUAAUUUCGAAUGUCACUCUCCGGCAGCCCGAUUCUUCAGGUGGUACUUUAACAUAUGAGGGUCGUUUCGAGAUACUUUCAUUGUCUGGAUCGUUCAUGCCUACUGAAAAUCAAGGAUCGAGAAGCAGGUCAGGUGGGAUGAGUGUCUCCUUGGCGAGCCCAGACGGUCGUGUUGUUGGGGGAGGGGUAGCUGGUUUGCUCAUAGCUGCAGGCCCUGUACAGGUUGUGGUAGGGAGUUUUCUACCAACUAGUAGCCAACAACAGGAGCCGAAAGUAAAGAAACAGAAGCCUGAAUCAGUACCAGCUGCAGCCCCUGUUGCAGCCCCGACCACAACACCAGCCACCACCGUGCCGACUUCCAAUGCCGAUACAGACGACAGUUUAAACGGAAACGGUCAACCAAAUCCCGGGUCCCUAAAACCGGCCAGUUUUUCUCCUUCGGCUUUCCAGAGAGACAAUUGGGGUGCCAAUGCUGCCGUGCGUUCUUCCUUGCAGGAGCCGAGAAAUUCGCCCACCGACAUCAAUAUAUCGCUCCCUGGCUAAUCUAAUUAGUUGCUUACCCAAAAAAACAUCAGAUAAUCCUCCUUGCUGACCACAUUGAUCUGAUAUGAACAUGAUCUAGGCUUUCUGAUUGUUCUUACCAAAUUACCAUUUGAGAUUUGACUAUGAUCACCGCCGCCGCCACCAUCACCACCACCACCACCACCACCACAACAGUGAAAAUUAGGGAAGGUUUUAAUACCAACUUUCCAUGGUUAGAUUCACACAUUUUUCUUAAUCUUGAUUAAUUAGGACAUGUCUGAUUUAGUUUGGUUUUGUGCUGUACCUGUUAUUAGGAUGAUGAUGGCUGUAAUGAAUGAAUGUCCUCUGUUUUCUUUUCAUCUAUUUUCGACAAUUUUCUUCUUUUA